CUGGAAUAGUGAAUCAUCUUUCAUUCCUUCCUUUCCGUCAUAUCCAAUAUCUUGUCCACUUCAUUCUCCUUGCUGGCACAUCCAAAUCAAGCAAAAAAAACCAACUGGACUGCUCUUUGAAAAAGGAGCAGCUAAUUGAGGACGUUCACCACUUAAUUCCCUCUUUAGCUUUAAUUCUUAGAGACAGGAACCAGCUGCCAGUUUUAUUCAGCAGGUGUGAAGUCUGCGAGUGUGAGUUCAAGUCUGUGUGCACCUAGUGGAGACUAAAAAAAAAAAAAGUCGUCCUACUAUGCCCAAGAAGAAUACUGUUUUGGGAGCCUCCUCGAGAGCGAGUGAAGAACAACAUUCAGACUCUGAAUCAGGAGACGAUCAUGACCAUGACGACUAUGGCCACGACCAUGACAGUGACCAUGUCCAGGGGCAAGAACAGAGUCAAGGACAAGAACAAAAACACACAAAAGGGAAUUCAACUGCAGAUGAAACUACACCAGUCAAGAGAAAACGAUUGACUCAAGCCUGCGAUCCCUGUCGUAAAAAGAAAAUCAAAUGCGAUGGUGUCAAGCCAAGCUGUGCCAACUGUACCAAGCUCAAUGCUAAUUGCACCUAUCUACCCAGCAUGAAGAAACGAGGCCCAAGACAGGGAUACAUUGAAUUGUUGGAAAAGAGACUGGACAAGAUGGAGAAGCUGCUACAACAUGGCCCCUCAGCAAUUGAUCCUGAACUUUUGGACUCAAAGUCAAUCUUCAACUCGCGUCUUCGUCCAGGCAGUAAUAGUAGACGGUCUGCUUCUCCUGAAGCAUCCGAGAGCGGUGAUCAGGGCGAGCCAAAAGUAUGGAUAGAUCCAGAUGAGCGCUAUUUUGGGACGACAUCUGGCUAUAAAUCACAAUAUACAGAAUAUGGGAAACAGAGCAGUUCAGUUAUGGAUGUCGUUGGAGCUAAAUACAACUCUGGACAAACGCAGCCUCGCGAGGGUCGACCCAAGAACCCGAUCUAUGGUAUCAAGGACGAGAUUCCAAGGAAGGACAUUUUAGAUCAUCUUGUCAGCCUUUUCUUUGACUCUAUCUACUUUCAGCUACCUAUUAUCCAUCCUGGGACAUUCAUGAAGCAGUACAAAGAAGGAAAAGUUUCACCCGGUCUACUCAAUGCCAUGUGUGCUGCCGUUGCCCGCUUUUCCACACAUCCGGAUGUUGUCACCACACCAGCAUUUUUAGCAGGAGAGCCCUUUGCUACCAACGUCCGCGGUAUGCUAGUUGAAUCGAUCGACACUCCUACAGUCUCAAAUGUUCAAGCAUUGUUGUUCUUAUCUAUGUAUGAGUAUGGGGCCGCUAGAGGCCCAAGAGCAUGGAUGUUCGGAGGUAUGGCUGUCCGAAUGGCCCAGGAACUGGGUUUAAACCGGGAAGACAGCAGCCCCGUGUUCCACCUUAAGGGGGAUUGGGUCAUGCGAGAGACGCGGCGGAGGACAUUUUGGGCGUGUUUUAUGUUAGAUAUCUUGGCAUCAUCAUCCUCAGGAAGGCCACGGAUGAUGGAUGAACGAGACUGUGAAGUAUUAUUGCCGAGCGAGGAUCAUGAUUGGUGCGAUGAACGGCCAGUCGUCACAGAAAUGCUCGAUGAUGGAGAGGACUCUUCUUCAGGGACCGAGCAAGAGCCAACUUCAGAAUCUCAGAAACCAGAUGAGAGUGUACCCGGACUACAGUCUACUGUCUCAACAACAGAAACAAGCUCAGCUGAACAUACCGCACCCAAUAGUUUAGAAUCGGGAACAUCAAAGUCGACUGAUAGCAUAUCAACAUCAUCAAAAUCCAAGCGACAAGGCGGUGGACAUGUUCUCAGCUCAUUUGCGUACUUAAUCCGCAUUGUAGCUGUGCUCGGCAAGGUCUCCCAGUAUGUGAACCGGCCGCGAUCCAAAAAGGCCAUCCCUCCGAGUCAACGCGGAUCAGAAUUCUCGGUGAUUGAUGCAGCAUUGACUGCCUGGCACAAAUCUAUUCCGUCUCAUCUCACCGAUUCAUUCGAGAACGGAAGGCUGGUCAAGCACAAAGGCGAGGGCUGCAUUAUCGUCUUUAUGCAUAUCAUCUAUCACACAGCCGUUGUGCUUCUUCACAGACCCAUCUUGGCAGCAGAUAAGGCAGCAUUCCCCCAUGACCCCAAGUUCGUUGAGAACUCUGUUUCACGGUGUGCUGAUGCUGCGAGCAAGGUCUCUGAUGUACUUGAGCUUGUACAAUCGUAUAAUUGUCCGCCUAGGAUCUUUAUCUCAGCCUUUUUUGCUUAUCCAGUGUUCACGACAGCUACAAUUCACAUUACGAACGCGUUUGCAUCCGAUGCAACAGUUGCCUCUCGAGCAAGGCGCAGCCUCAGCACCCAUGUCAAAAUCCUUCAAACCAUGAAAUCGUACUGGGCAAUGGCAGACAAGUUCUUUUAUAUCAUUCGUGACCUUUACUCUAUCCAAUCCAAAAUUAGCUCUUCAGCGUCAAGGAAAUCAAUACUGCAGACUGCAACACAAGAAGGCUCGGGUCAAGGUGAUAACCCCUUUGCUAGAAGAGAGCCGUCAGAAUCCUUUGAUACCCAAUCCGGAUACAAUCGAGGGGCUGGAGGCAUAGAAGAUUCAACUAACGGCUCGGAACCGAGCGGAAAACUGGCGUCGAUUAGCUCUUUCCUUAAGAGCGACUCCGGUUUGAUUGCGCUUUGGAGGCGCGCGACGGAGAUGCAGGUCCUAGAUGAGGCAAAACAGGAGCAGCAUCGUCUAUCUAUGUCAGAGGAAGCGCCUCGGCAAAACAAAGGACUUGAGGGGAAGAGGGAGCUGCAUCCAGAGGAUAAGGCGCUCCGGGAACAUCGCGAAAGGAUGAAUGCCCUAGAAAUACAGCAGAUCAACCAAGAAUUUGAUAGAAGAUGGAGAUCCAGGGUGGAUGUACCCACUUUAUCUGCGGGCUCUGAUAUAUCGGGCAACGUUACUGUCGAGGGAGUGGAUGAGGUGACACAACAGUCCACACCAACUUUGUUAACUGAAGUUGAGAAGCGGCAUAGAGAAGAAUCAAUUAACCCUAGGAGUGCGAAACAAGCUAGAACCAGUAAAACAGCUAAAGAGCCCAAGCCUACUUUUAAAGGAGCAGCUACAUCGUCUUCGGUUAUGGAUACUCAGGAGAGUGCAGACGAGGCUCGAUCAAUAAAUACUCGAAACGCUAUGUCGAGCUUUGAAGCGCCUGGUGACGAAACUCUUGGAACAGCGUCAUCGACCUAUCAACAUACAGUCAUACAGCAACCCCAGCAGCUGAAGCUACAAGAGUCGUAUAUCCUUCAGCCAAUGCGGAUUCAACCAGCCUCUGGACCUCCAAAGUCAACAGUAACUGGACCGGCUGUUUCAUCAGGGAACGUGAGUCGUCAGUUAAUGGACAUCUAUGCGCAGCAACAGCAUGAAGUACUUGCACAGUCCAUUGAUAUGGCUCAAAACAGUAACAUACAGCGACAACAGCAGCAACUACGACUGCAACAGGGACAAUCCGCACAAUCGCCCUCCCUUGCAUUUGGACCGGCUGGUGGAUUCACUUCAGCUUCGUUCUUUUCAUCUUCGUCAUUACCAAAUCAGUCAGGAUUCUCUUCACAAGGCCUAUCAUCGACCAUGACGCCGUUUGAUUUGCCAUUGGUAUAUGGCACCAAUUAUGAUGGCAGCCAGACACGGCGAAUCCAAACAGAGUCAUUAGGAUCGAUAUUUGACUUUGCACUACCUCAAGGGGAUAUUUCCUUUUUAUCCAACUCGUUUCAGGUAUCGCCAACGAUGAUGCAGGAAGGCAUGGGAUUAGGGAACAAUAGCGUUGGGAUAUCCUCGGGAACAGGUGGAUCAGGACUGAUGAAUGAUGACUUGAAUACAGUAGCUGCCACGGGCACCAGUCCUGUUACUUCAAGUACUGGUUCGGCUUCUACUCCCUUGAAUAGAUCCCUAGAGCCCCUUAGCCCCAACUCAGAUCCAAGUCAGCUGUUUAACAUAUCUCCUCAGCUCCAUAACUUCCUCAUGCCGGACGAUCCUUAUCAUGCCAUUAAUAAUAAUAGUAACAGCAAUAAUGAUAACCAAAGAGGCCAAGCAGGACAGAGUUAUAACCACAUGGGUAUGCAAGCAACGCCAACGAACCUGAUCCGAUACCUGCAGCUCCACCAUCAACAAGAGCUGCGGCAACAGGAACUCCAACAACAAAAUACACAGCCGUUAUUGAACCAACAGAACUCACUGAUCUUUGACGACUACUUUCCAUGGAACGCAUUCUCGACUAUUUCACAGCCACCUCCAACUCCACCUACAGCACGGCAAUAGUGUUUUUUAUAUUGUAGCUGCUAGGUCAUCUUGUUUAUUGAUUAAUUGAUUGAUUGAUUUAUUUUUAUUAAUUUGUAGAAAAAGUAGUGUAUGAGGCGGCGAUUGCGUGC